GUCGCGACGCGUCCCGCGCGUCUCCGUCGCGUCUCUUUAGCUUUGUUCCUAACACCCACUUCCCUCCUCCUGUUCCACACCCUCGUCACAUCUCACGAAACACCCAGUCAUGGACCCUCAACACGCUGACGACAUGGCCCGCAUCUCGCUCGACUCCAUCCAAGACUGGCACCGCCUCAAAGCCAACUACACCUCCGCCGCCAUGAGUGCGUUCGAGGAGGAGCUCUCGUCUGUGCGAUCUACCGCCGAACGCGACGUCCUCAUGAAGCACCUACAACAAUUCAUCGACAGGACAUUCGACAUGACGCGCCCCAACAUCCGCAUCAAUGGGCGUAACUUCGAGGAAUUGGACAUCGCUGAGGAAGAGGAGGAACCAUUCGACGAGGGUUUCGACCGGCACAUCUGGGCCCUCGCGCACCAGUCUCUCCAAUGGGACUCCGAGAUUGCUGCGCGGCGCCGGAAGCACCCCAAAGAGAUUGAGGCACAGAUGGAGGAACUCUUUCAGCGUCAGCGGGAGCUCGACCAGGAGGCUGCCGCCGAAGACUCCCGCGAUGGCGGAAGGGAGUACCCCACUGCGCGAGACUUAUUACCUGCGACGUAUGAGAACAUACAUCAGGUCGCUAUGCAGGUCAAUGCAAUAGCGGAAGAGCUCAAACAGUCCAUCCCCCUACAAUCCGAGCGCUCAGAGCGUGUUCAGGUCGUCGCAGCCGAAAUCAAAGCUCUGAAAUCUUGAUCUCAUUCCACCACC